GGUCAUGAGGACCUGACGAGCUCACACAUGAUGAACAGAAACGGGGAAGAUUAUCCAUUUUAAUUGUUAAAUAUACAGUAUGUAAGAGUAAUUGCACACAUACAGUAGUGAGGUGAGUUGGGAAAGUAUCAGCCGAUAGAAAGGUGCAACGUUCAGGCAACCUACCGACACGUUAAUACAUCAGUGUGAGGGGAGGGACUUGACCCUUGACUUGGUUUCUUGAAUCUAGGGACCACCGAAGUAAAAUAAUGGCUGGGGAUGUCACAGAUACCGGGACUUUGUAUUCGCCUGCAGUGGGCUUGGUGUAUGUGUUCAACUUGAUAGUUGGCACAGGUGCUUUGACAAUGCCGAAAGCUUUCAGUGGUGCAGGGUGGCUGCUUAGUCUUAUCAUGGUGGUCUUUCUGGCAUUUACAAGUUAUCUAACUGUGACAUUUGUGAUUGAGGCCAUGGCAGCAGCUAAUGCAAGAAUUAGGUGGAAAAAGUUACAAAGCUUAAAGCGAAAAGUAGUGGUGAACCCAUCUCAUGCACUGACUGACAGUGGCCAACUCUUCGAUGAUGAUGAUGAUGAUGGUUGUGAGGAUAAUGAUGAGGUGGCAGAUGAGGAAGAGUCAAAGCCACUGCUCAGUCCUCAUGUUGAUGAAGGUGGUGCCAAGCCCAAUCAAACUAAAGCAGACUUUUAUGACAUUACAGAGAGAGUGGAGAUGGGGAAGAUGGCAUCAAUGUUUUUCCAUAGAAUUGGGGUGCUGGCUUUCUAUGUGAUUAUAGCCAUUUAUCUGUAUGGGGACUUGGCCAUCUAUGCUGCUGCAGUGCCAAAAUCCAUGAGAGAUGUAGCCUGUGUUUACAGACCAGCCAAUUUGUCAUGUAAUGCCACUGUGCCUGAUGAUGAACUCUGCUGGGGAGGAAACACAUGGAAAAUAUCCCGGAUGAAUGCAUAUAGAGUUUUCGUGGCAGCUUUUGCUGUUUUACUUGGACCAUUUACAUUCUUCAAUGUACAAAAGACUAUGCUGCUUCAGAUUGUGACCACUGGGUUUAGGUGGUUAGCCUUUGGUAUGAUGAUAGUGCUGGCUAUCAUCCGAUUGGCUGAGGGGAAAGGUGAAGGUCACCCUGUGAUAGCAGAUUUCAGUGGACUUCCAAACUUAUUUGGUGUCUGUGUCUACUCUUUUAUGUGCCAUCAUUCUCUACCAUCACUUGUGGCACCAAUCCGAGACAAGUCUAGAUUGACACUGCUAUUUGCCUCCGACUACUCACUAAUCCUAUGUUUUUAUGCAUUGUUGUCGUUUACAGGGAUAUAUUGCUUCUCAGGAAAUCACUUUGAGGAUUUGUACACUCUGAAUUUUCAAGCAAGCUGUGACCCUAAAGACAGUGUGACUAAUGUUGUAUUCAUACAGUAUUUCUUAGCACUCUUUCCGGUGUUUACCCUCAGCACAAGUUUUCCUAUUAUAGCUAUAACAUUAAGGAACAAUUUGAAAACUUUGUGCCACAGACCACGAAGGCCAUAUCCUUGGGCAGUGGACAAACUUGUCUUUCCUCUUGUGACUAUACUGCCCCCUAUAGUUGUAGCACUGGUCACAGAUAAUGUUGGGUUCCUUGUCAGUAUAACUGGGUCAUAUGCUGGAGCAGGCAUCCAGUAUGUGAUUCCAGUGUGUUUAGCAUACUACUCUAGAAAGCAGAUGUCUAAUACUCUUGGACCACAUAUAGCUAAUAAACACAAAUCGCCUUUCAAGCAUCCCAUUUGGUUCAUCUUAGUUCUGCUGUGGGCUGGACUUUGCAUUGCCUUUGUCACUGUCAAUCAUGUUAUUACAAGGCAGUGAAAGACACUAGAUCAGUUAUCUGUGGGACCAUUCCCAGACCCUGUCGUACUAAUUGUGGAUCGAUCUAUCUCCGAGGGGAUUCUCGCUAAAUUGCAAU